AUGUCACAUGAUUGUACUAGAAACGAUUAUCCAUUAUGCCGCAAUCUUUUCCAGGAGCGUCAUAAAAUUUGCUUCAUCACAGCGGGCGUGUCUUUGAAUAUUGUUGGUCACGGAUGCGUGAUCGGGUUCAGCGCAGUGCUGAUCCCCAGUUUGCGACUGCCUGAGUCACACAUUCACGCCACACCGGCGGAGGAGUCAUGGAUCGCAUCAGUGAUCGGCUUCGCACUCAUCAUGGGCAACAUUAUAAUCACCCCUUUGAUGGAUACGAUAGGCCGCAAGAAGUGCCAUCUCUUGACCAUCAUCCCCAACAUGAUUGGCUGGAUCAUGCUGCAGUUGGUCAACAACGUUGCUGGACUUAUCACGGCUAGAAUUCUACAAGGAAUCGCUAUGGGUAUGCUAGGGCCAUUAGGGUCUAUUAUAAUAGGGGAAAUGACAGAUCCAAAAAACAGGGGCGCCUUUCUUACUUGUGUUUCCCUGUCGUUAACUACAGGAGUUCUGGCUUCACAUGCUUUAGGGACUUAUUUCAGUUGGCAAUACACAGCUUUGAUAUGUUCAUUUGUAACCUUCGCAAGUCUGAUCUUGAUCAUCUACAGCCCAGAAUCACCAUCUUGGUUGAUUUCUAAAGGAAGAUUUGAAGAGGGUCGAAGAGUUUUCCUUCGGAUAAGAGGAGAAACCGAUGAUCAAGAGGAAGAAUUAGAACAUAUGAUCUUAGCCCAAAAGAUGGCCAGAAAGUCUAGUGUCGAAGGACAAAAAAUAACCUUCGGAAGGAAAUUAAGAAGAUUCUGCAGCUAUCUUGGUGAAGCUUCACGAAAACCUGAGUUCUACAAACCAAUUACCCUUAUGUUUUUAACAUAUACCAUGUUUCAAUUCGCUGGUAUUAAUGUUAUAAGUUCAUAUACAAUGGAUAUUAUUGCACAAGUUGUAGGUCCGGAGGCUAAUGCCAAAUUCUGGAUGGUUGCAUUAGAUAUAGAAAGACUUAUUUGUAAUAUUCUUGCUGUAUUCUUGAUGAGAACUAUGAAACGACGUGUAUUACUCUUCAGUACUGGCGGUUUAUGUAUUUUAAGCUACUUAGGUAAAGCGUAUUAUGUAUUUGCAAAAGAGAAUAACACGCUACUGUUUGAUGGUCAGUGGAUACCCAUAACAUUAAUUGCAUUAUAUAUGUUUUCUUUAACGGUAGGUAUAUCGGCAAUUACUUUUGCGAUUUCGGGGGAAAUCUUUCCAUUACAAUAUCGAGGUUUGGGAGGAGGAUUAAGUGUAUUAGGUUUAUCUUUAAAUUUCUUUAUAGCUGUCAAAUGCUUCCCAGUGUUAAAUGGCAGUAUCGGAUUGCCUUUAACAUAUUGUCUAUACGCUGGUAUAGUUUUAUUGUGCCUUGCAGUCAUAUGGUUCAUGUUACCUGAGACCAAAGAUAGAACUUUGCAGGAAAUCGAGGAUAUUUUCAGAGGUAUUUCUCCUAAAGAUAAAAGGAGUGCGCGACCAUUAAAUGCGGCAGCUGUUAGUCAAAUGAGAAGGUGUAGUUCUGUUAGCUCGCAUAUUUUAUACUAACUGGUUGUGUAGAUGAAAUCAAAUUGUAUGUGUAAUUGUAAUGGCUGUUGUAUACUUUAAAGUAACAGAUGGACUGUGUCGCAGAAAUCGCGAGUAAGAACAUUAGAAAUUUGAAAAUUUUCUUGACACCACAGCACAAAGCUGGUCGGACUUAGCGAAUUGCUGUGGAGAAGGAAAUAUGGGAAAAGUUCAUAUUUAUAUUUGUAAAAGCACAGGUUUUUAGGUUCAAUUGUCGCACAUAGGAAAUGAAACAAUUUUUCGGAUCUAAAGCACGUAUUUUUUCAAACUAACCAACUUUUUGGGGUUUACGGUUGCUCAGCCGUAUAUAGUUUAGUCAUUUAGUGCUGGCGUUACGUAGCGUCGCUGCGCGGACGUCUCGUAUCGACGCUGUGCGUGCGUAGGUUAGACGCUGACGCAAAGACGCUAGUGUGGUCUAGCUAGGUCUGGCUAGGGGGGUCUCUACCACCUUCUUACAAGGUAAAGCUCCUUAAAACUAGAUUUAAAAAAAAACAUAAAAGUUAACGACAAUUCUUCUGAGAAAUUGUCAUUUCGCAGAUGUGUUGUUGUUGUUUGGUGUAUGUGCGUUUUUUUUUAGAUUGUAACUUGUUGUCGAAAAACAACUGUUCCAGGAGGUGUAAAUUCUGUAACAAACCUCUUUGUUUCGAAUAAAUCAUAAAACUACUUCCUAACCUAUAGUCUGUCUUUUUUGAAGACUGAGUAAAAUGACAUUUGUAGGUUUGCCAGUUUUCAUAAAAUUUUAAAUAAUUAUGAAGUUGUUGUUGAUGUUUUUAUCAAUAGAUUGUGUUUAUUCUUAUUUUG